UUUGACAAUUCCCUCCAUUUCCCUCUUCACUCCUUUCCCUUUCCCUUUCUCCUGAAAAUUCAAAAAAAAGCCUCUCAUUUCUGCCAUUUUCGAGUAAAGAGCUAGAAAUUGAGAAGAAAAAGAACAAUGAGUCACCGUAAUCUAAGUCAAUAUCACCAUUUAGAGAACGAGCAACAUCAAUCAGUGGACGGGAUUUUAACACUCUUCACUAAAGCCAACCAUGACUUGACAACAGUCCAAAACAAGCUCGAAAAGGAAUUUCAACAAGUCUACCCUGAUAAUGCAAACCCCAUGAAGCUAGUUUCGAGGAUUAAGAAAGUUCAAGAUGAAAUGUCCACCUUGAAGGAGCAGUGCCGUGAGUUACUUGCAGCUAAACAGGAUUUGAUUGAUAAAGCUCGGGGAACCUUAGUUGGAAACAGGUCGUUGCUGCAAAGAUUGCAAUUAUCUACCGGUGUUCCUAUCAUCAGUGAUUCUGAUGAUCCAUCAUAUGCUAGCUUCAACCAGGUCAUCAACGAAUGGACAACUCAAGUCAGAUCAAGAACAGAGGAUGAGAGCCUUGAGUCGGGGGAAGAUAUCAAUCAGAUGCUGUUUUCAGCAAUUGUCCAUGGCAACUGAGAGGUCAUGCAACCUCUGCAUUAGAAAGAUGCUUGAUGUUAGAAUUGGAGAUUUUGCAAUGGUUUCUUGGGAUAUUCAUUCUUGUAUCUUUUAUUUCUUUAAGUUUACAAAGUUGCCCUUUCUUGCUAUUUCAGAAAGGAAUUAGUAACAUCAGAUAACUUUCCUUUGUUACAAGAAGGUAAAAAGAUUAUACUCCAAUACAUGUUAGAGAUUGGUUAUGAA